CAGCGUUCCGAGCCAUCUGCCGGAGUACAAGCACCGGGACGCGACACCUCCGCGGAGCUCUCCUGCGCGUCUGAAAGCGAUGUUUGAAGAGACGAAUCAGGACGGGUCCAGCUCCCCCGUCUCUCCUGCGGAUAGCCUUAGCACCAGUGAGGAAGAGGCGGACAGGCAGCCGAGGAGAAGUGGGAGGAAAAGGAGAGCGAGCAGGAAAAAUGGGGAGGAUUCAGAAAGCCCGACCCCUGGGAAAAGGGGAAAGAAGUCCAGCAGCAGCAGCCCGCAGUCUUUCGAAGAACUUCAGACGCAGCGAGUCCUGGCGAACGUGCGGGAGCGCCAGAGGACUCAGUCUCUCAACGAAGCCUUUGCGUCUUUACGGAAAAUAAUUCCCACUUUGCCAUCAGAUAAACUGAGCAAAAUCCAGACCCUGAAACUGGCGGCCAGGUACAUCGACUUCCUCUGCCAGGUUCUGCAGAGUGACGAGCUGGACUCCAAAGUGGCCAGCUGUAGCUAUGUGGCUCACGAGCGGCUGAGCUACGCCUUCUCUGUGUGGAGGAUGGAGGGCGCGUGGUCCCUGUCAGCAUCUCACUAG